AAGCUAAAGUUCCGACGGCUCUUGUGAACGGAGUGGUCGCCCUAACCUCUCGCACACACACACACACCGAGUGCGGAAUCGCAGUAGGCGCAGCGAUAAGAGGAACGGCGAGAGAAGAGGGUGCGCAAGCGGGACAGCACUCGGCAGAGUCGGGGUGGUGCCGUCCCGUUCUGGCGCCCGGGCCAGCUGUCGCUGCACAGAGCAAAACAACACCAGCGGGGCCUUCCACUGACAAGUCGGAGCUCUCGAGCUGGCACUUGGCUACGGAACGGCUUUCGGUGUCGGUGUACAAGCGCUUUUGCUGCUCUUCUCCUUAAGAACACUAAAUCCCUUGCUCGGAAUCCCGGAAUCGGCGCGACGCGACGCGGCCAGCCUAAGACCCCUCCGGGCAAAUAAUAAUAAGUUUUUAGGAGAAUUAACUUUUCGGUAUUAAGGAUUUAGCGCAAUAAAGUUUGAUGAAGAGCAGUCAACGGUAGACGCGUCCGGGAUCGUGGCGGACGGUCAGCGGGAACGUGGCCGGAAGAGAGAAACUAACGGCGUGAGUGUGUGACUGUGAGCUUCACGGCACUAAAUCCCGGAUUUUCGGGUGUGGAAACCAAAACGGAAGCAGCAGCAGUCGCGCGCGCGGUCAAGAAAGUGAGAACGCAACGCGCCGGGCCACACCGUGAACCGGGCUUAAGUGAUUAAGAAUUUUUCAAAACAUCGCUAGAGCAACUUUGUUUCGACUGCUUGUUUUAAUUUCUGCCUCUGGUGUGAAGAAGUGAAGAACGACGAGUGAUGUUUGUUUUGCGGUUCUUAGAUGAGGUGGAUUAAAGAAAGGCGAAACCGUUAUUAACACUUGAAAGAAGGCUAGGAUUUGAGUUUUGAGGUGUGAUUAGUGACCGGAAGUGUGUGUGUUACAAGGAGGAGUGUGUUGUGACAAGUGGUGUGACACUGCGAAAUCUCUCUUCGGUUGGUUUAUUAGCGGUGAUUUCGGUGGAGAAAAGUUGCCUGUAUUAAAAAUUAAGGUGAAGAACGGUGUUACAGAUUGAGCGCUGUUUGCGGUUUUGUCCAAGCUGGUUGGACGAUACUUUGAGGUCCAAAAUUUCCAAACAACAGUAGCUCAAACAUCUUAAAACCACCGAACUCGCUUCGAGUUCAACCAACCUUGGGACGUACCGUCCCACCUGACCCCCUACCAAUUUUUUGCGACCCCCGGUACCCACAAACAGUCAAAACGAUUUAUCUCCGGCCGUACAAGGACAUCUUCCCGGGCGGUGGCCAUAACCAGCUGGGCUCGUUAUAUCCACAGUCCGUGAUGGAGCGGGGCGGUGGCGGGACGGUCACCGGUGCCGGCGGAACUGGAGCCGGAACCGGUGGCCUGGACGCGAUGGCCGACGCCAGCGGGCUCUGCCUGCAGGACCUGGUCGGCAAUGGCGGAGGAGGAGGAGGAGGAGGUGGUGGUGGUGGGACAACCUCGAAUGGGACAAACGAGCACCAUUUGGGGCAUCACAACAGUCACAACAGUCACAACCACCACCACCACGGGUCGCUGCACGACUCGGUGACGGGGGUAAGUGUCAGUUCGGCGCUGACCAGCCUGAUGAGCCCGUCGGGGAUCAACAGCGGCGGGCUGGGACACCUGCACCAUGGAGCGGGCGAUUUGGGCGGGCAUCAUCACCACCACCAUCAGCAUCCGUCGCUGCACGAGCCGCUGGAGAAGUUGAAGUUGUGGGCCGAGACGGGCGACUUUCGUGAUAAUAGUCAUAGUGCAAUGUCGGCGGUAACCAGCCUGGACCACACGCAGAUGAACUUCCAGACGUCGGUGAGCGGUGGCGGAGGUGGCGGCAGUGGUUCCAACCGGAACCGCAGCAACCGGGACCGGAAGAGCGAUGUGACCCGUGUCGACGCCUCUUCGGUAAAGACGGAAAACAUCAGCAGCGGGAUGUCCCACGACGACGGCGGUGGGACCACGAUAGCGGACGCCGGGGACGGCAACUCGGGCGGCCCCGCAACCAAGAACGACAAGAAGAACAAGCGGCAGCGGCGCCAGCGGACCCACUUUACGUCGCAGCAGCUGCACGAGCUGGAGCAGACCUUUAGCCGGAACCGGUACCCGGACAUGUCCACCCGGGAGGAGAUCGCCAUGUGGACGAACCUGACGGAGGCGCGGGUUAGGGUGUGGUUCAAGAACCGGCGGGCCAAGUGGCGCAAGCGGGAGCGGAACCAGAUGAACGCGAUCGCCGCCGCCGACUUCAAGAACGGCUUCGGGCCCCAGUUUGUGCAACCGUUCGCCGACACCGACAGCCUGUACUCGUCCUACUCGUACAACAACUGGGCCAAGGUUCCCUCGCCGCUCGGCGCCAAGACCUUCCCGUGGACGGUGAACCCGCUGGGGACGUCGAUCGUGCCGACGAACCACCACCAGAACUCGAUCAACUGCUUCAACACGACGGCGUCGUCGGUGGCGGCCGGCAUGGGAACCGCCGGAACCAUGCUGACGGGCAGCAUGGGCACCAGCCUGGGCGGGACGACCGGCGGGACCGGCGUUUCGCCGACGCCCUGCCCGUACACGACGCCGACCAACCCGUACAGCAUGUACCACCACCGGGCCGCCGCAGAACCCUGCACGGCGAUGACCUCCAGCAUCGCCACGCUCAGACUCAAAGCCAAGCAGCACACGUCCGGCUUCUCGAGUCCGUACUCGGCGCCCUCGCCCGUGUCCCGCUCCAACUCGGCUGGGCUCAUGCUGUCCUCGUCGUCGCUCGUCGCCAACGUGUACAACUCCAGCCUCAGCUCCGGGAGUUCGCUCGUCGUGAACAACUCGUCCGACGGCGGCGGAGGCGCCGAUAAAGAUGCCGGUCUCGACGACGAGGACCUGAUGGUGCCGGACGACGACGAUGAUCACCACCAACAUCAUCAGCAGCAGCACGGAGGAACAAUGGGGACGAUAUUCACGAUUAAAUCUGGAGGGGGAGGGGACUUAUCACUAGAUUUGGGCAACUGUCAGUUUGACGGAACGGCGUCGGCGAAAUCAAAGGUUUGCGUUAUCUGUGACGAGGUGACCGCCGAACACGGAUUAGGUGGCGCGCGGCUUAUCGAUCGCAGUUGGCGGAAAGUUUGGUUAAACGAUUUGCUGCAGCCACUGUUUACCUUUUGCGACUUUCUGCAAAACUGUCACUGACAGUUCGAGCAUAACGGUACACGCAAAACUGAAAAUACUCAAAAUCAAUUAAAUUUUGUUUUGAGUAAUUGCGACGAAAAUAAUCUCAAAAUCUUGCUUUUCCUUUGAAAAAUUAUCACUUUCUUCCAAACUGAAUCGUUUUAGACGAUUUGCCGUCAGUGACUACUGCGAUUGUUUACCUUUUGCCACUUUCUGCAAAACUGUCACUGACAGCUUAAGCGUAACGGUACACGCCAAACUGAAAAUACUCAAAACCAAUUAGGUUUUGUUUUGAGUGAAUUUUUGUCGACAAAAAAAGUCAAAAUCUCACUUGUCACCGUGUACUCAUUCUCCCACCAAAACGGCUCGCAAUAAAAGAAAAACAAAAAGAUCUGUCUCACUGCAUAAGAAAGAGAGAGAGAAAAAUGUGGGAGGUGGCUUAAGUGCUUGCACACUCUCACAUGCUUGGCAGCAACACAUUCACGAGUGUUUGUUGUGAUUCUACACGGCAAAUGUGUGUUGCCUCUCUUUCUCGUUUUCGCUGCCAAAUUUACCACCCCACAAAAAAAAAUUACGCUGUUUGCUGAUUAGAUUUCGGCGUCGUCGCAAAAAGAUCAAAGUGAAAAUUUAUUUUUCGUGCCAACGAUGGAAAAAGAUAAGCCCCGAGUCAAUCAAGUCGUUAUCGAAUUGCUGUCCCAAACAACAACAACAAAAAAAAAAGAAAAAUGGAUGACAACUCGGAAUAUCGUCGAAAUUGUUCUUCAACUCAUAAUAAGAUUAAAAAGAAACCUCACCAAACCGCGAGGCUGUGUAAAUAUUUUAUAUUUGUGCGACUUUUUUCAUUUUUUCGGAAACUACACGCUAAACAAAGUCAAACCAAACAAAAAGGUACGCAAACUUUUUUCCUCUUGCCAACAAACCAAAAAUGAAAGAGAUCCUAAACUAGUUACAGAAAGACAAAUAAAUCGCUAGUGAGUAAAAGGUGUAGAAUGAUUCUCGUAGAAAUUGAAGGAGUUUCUCAAUUUCUGAAUAAUUUACGAUCAUUACCUACAUAAAAAUGUGCAAUCAUUUCCGUUUUACCCCAUCCUUCUUUCCCUUUUCUAUCUAAUUUAUUGACUAGUGAAAAUCGAAAUCGAACAAACACCAUUCAGGUUGAGCUAAACUGUACAGUUGACGAAGUAAUUCAAAGUAUGCUAAAACUUAAGCUAAUGAUACCAAAAAAAAAAGUAAAAUGCAAGCGAAUCGCGAUCAAAUUAAACCACACAAAAAUUGUAGAUAAAUCGGCGAUUCGUUGGAGCACGAACAGAAACUAAAGAGAGAAAAA